AUGUCUUCCUACCUCUACCUCCACUACGUCUUCCUACCUCUACCUCCACUACGUCUUCCUACAUCUACCUCCACUAUGUCUUCCUACAUCUAUCUCCACUACGUCUUCCUACAUCUACCUCCACUACGUCUUCCUACAUCUAUCUCCACUACGUCUUCCUACAUCUACCUCCACUACGUCUUCCUACAUCUACCUCCACUACGUCUUCCUACAUCUAUCUCCACUACGUCUUCCUACAUCUACCUCCACUACGUCUUCCUACAUCUAUCUCCACUACGUCUUCCUACAUCUACCUCCACUACGUCUUCCUACAUCUACCUCCACUACGUCUUCCUACAUCUAUCUCCACUACGUCUUCCUACAUCUAUCUCCACUACGUCUUCCUACAUCUAUCUACAUUGUCUCUUAUAUCUAUCUCCACUACGUCUUCCUACAUAUAUCUCCACUACGUCUUCCUACAUCUACCUCCACUACGUCUUCCUACAUCUACCUCCACUACGUCUUCCUACAUCUAUCUCCACUACGUCUUCCUACAUCUACCUCCACUACGUCUUCCUACAUCUAUCUCCACUACGUCUUCCUACAUCUAUCUACAUUGUCUCUUAUAUCUAUCUCCACUACGUCUUCCUACAUAUAUCUCCACUACGUCUUCCUACAUCUAUCUCCACUACAUCUUCCUACAUCUAUCUCCACUAUGUUUUCCUACAUCUAUCUGCAUUGUCUCACAUCUGUCUCCACUACAUCUUCCUACAUCUAUCUCCCUCGUCUCCUAAAUCUAACUAA